UCUACAAGCUCGGGAAGAAACCAAUACUUCGUUUCCGAAUGCCUCUUGCGUUUCAUUUUCUUUCUAAGGAAUUUACCCUUUUCUUUCCCUUAUAAACCACCUGGUACUUGACAGAAUUCCUGAAGUUCAUGAGGAAGCAAGAACCAGGAAAAGAUGUAAAGGAUACAAAUUCUACAACAGGGCCCAACACCAACAGAGUCAUUAUCACUGUAUAUGUAGAAUCACCAGGAAAACGUUUGCAUCAGAAGAUCGAUCUAACUAACAAAGCCACCACAAACCCAUUAUUGAAAAGGCCUCAAUUCACAAGCACAGAAGGCUACAAUCGUCGGGCUGAGCUUCUAGCCUAUUCUCGUGAGCUAAGAAACGGUGGUCCACACCAGACUUGGCAGCGUGCGAGAAACUCAAGGCCCGAGGAGUCCAAGAUGUGGAAAUGGUCAAGUAUACCAGUGAGGAUCCGAGCGUCACUUCGAAGGAUGUUUCGACGAAACAGAAGGAUCUUUAGGUAUGAGAGAAUUCGAUCGGAGAAGUACAGUGAAGCGGGACAAUUCAGUAGAAGACAGAAAAGGGCUCCAAGAAGAUACAUUACAGCUGCUAGUUACUGUAGAAAAUUGAAGCAUGUGCUUAAGGAAUUAUCAUGUGGGGUGCGAUGUCGAAAGGGGCUAUAAAAGUCGGCUGCUGGAGAAAGAGUGAUGGGUGGAAAAAAUAUCUGCGGCUUGAGCUUCUCUAACUAUGUAAUUUGUUACAAUUUGAUUGUGUCAGAGAAGAGUUCAUGCGAAUUCUGAGUCCUAUUCGGUUUAUCCAAAAAUUUAGGAUCUUUUGGUAACUGAAAUCUUUCACAGAUUUUAGAGUCUUUGUGGCAUCAACAUAAAGCAAUUCCAUGAAAUAUUUCUUCCUAUUAAGAUAGUCAGUCCAUAAUGAUUUUAGCACGUCACUCGAUCCUUUACAUAAUUUAAGCGAUAUCAUAGGAGCUGAAGAGAUGUUUUAGAUAGACCGAGUCUAAUUUCUCCAGUUGUUGGAAUACCUAUGAAAUAACUCUUUGUAAUGCAAGUUUUGGAACAUGAACUUUUCUACUUGUUAA